CAAGGAAGCUACUAUAUCUAUUCAACGAAUGAUUCUAGGGUUUCUUUAGCGGGCCGGAAAAGAGUAGCGAGUUUUGGGACUGUUACAGAGCCGCAGCCAUGGUGGAAAAAUCAGGCAAAGGAAGGAAAGAAGAGGUUGUUACCAGAGAGUACACCAUUAACCUUCAUAAACGCUUGCACGGAUGCACAUUCAAGAAGAAGGCUCCCAAGGCCAUAAAGGAAAUUAGGAAGUUUGCUCAAGAAGCCAUGGGCACAACUGAUGUUAGAGUGGAUGUCAAGCUAAACAAGCAUGUGUGGAGCCGUGGAAUCAGAAGCGUGCCGAAGAGAGUUCGCGUUCGAAUCGCACGGAAGAGGAAUGACGAAGAGGAUGCAAAGGAAGAGUUUUUCUCACUAGUCACUGUUGCAGAGGUUCCUCCUGAGGGAUUCAAGGGUUUGGACACCAAGGUCAUUGACGAAGAGGAUUGAAGUAGAGCCUUUUACUCUAGUUAUUAGUUCAGAAACUUCAGUUUUGCCUUUCUCAUUACUUGUGAUUUUGGUUUUGUUUUGGAUUCUCUUUGACAAAUCCUUAACAUUUAUUCUCUAUCUGUUUUAAAUGUCUCAUGGUACCUUUAUAGAAAUCCUUAUUUUUACUUUA